AAAACUUAUUUUAACUUUUUUUUCCAUAUCUAGAUUAGUUUCACUGUUUUUGCUGAGACAGGCCAGAGACAGGCCCUUGAAACACGCCUAAAUUUCUCGUCUAUGUAGUUGGCCUCUUUAAGGAGUACCGUGCUCCCUGAAAAGUAUUCUUGAUGGGUUCAGAGAAUAUAUACAAAAUAUGUUCUAUGCUACUGGCUGCUUUGACAUUGUUUGCAACUCUACUGAGGGUUUUGCUCAAGCUGUGUCUGUUGCUAAGCAAGCUGAUUAUGUCAUUGUUGUAGCUGGAUUGGAUUUAUCCCAAGAAACUGAAGAUCGUGACCGGCAUAGUCUUCUAUUGCCAGGAAAUCAAAUGACACUGAUUAACAAGGUAGCCAGUGCCUGUAAAAAACCUCUAGUUUUGGUCCUUACAGGUGGUGGACCCCUUGAUAUCUCAUUCGCUAAGGAUGACCCCAGGAUUUCUGGCGUUCUAUGGAUUGGGUACCCAGGAGAGGAAGGUAGUAAAGCAUUGUCAGAAAUUAUUUUUGGAGACCACAACCCAGGUUGGUAUGCUUCCAUAUGAUUUAUUGUCCUUUUAUUUGUGUAUCUGUCGCAGCGGCAUGCUUACUAUUUGUUGUCGUAAAUUCUAAUCCAUCUUCUUCAAUGGAGCCAAAUAUUUACAAUUAUUUGGCUUUGGAGUAAGAUGGAAUAAAGCAAAGUGGUUCUU